AUGGCAAAGAAACCUAGCAUGGGUCGCCAAAAGAUCAAAAUUGCAAAAAUUGAGAUCAAGAAUCAUCUCCAAGUUACAUUCUCAAAACGCCGUUCGGGACUCUAUAAGAAGGCGCACGAACUCAGCACUCUCUGUGGCGUUGAAUUAGCCAUUAUAGUUUUUUCCCCAGCGGGAAAAGUAUUUUCUUUUGGCCAUCCUAGUGUCGAUUACAUAAUCGAUAAAUUCAUUGCGCGAUGCAGAAAUCCUCAGCCAAACUCGAGUGCACUCCACCUCGUUGAGGCUCACAGGAAUGCCAGUAGUGUCCGGGAGCUCAACUUGCAGCUCACUCAAAUUCUCAGUGAAUUAGAAGUUGAGAAGAAAAGAGGCGAGGCAUUUGAUCUCAUGAGAAAAGCCAGCCAAAAUCAUUAUUGGUGGGAAUCCCCUGUUAAUGAACUUGGAUUACACGAACUUGAACAACUAAGAGAUUCACUGGAAAACAUGAAAAACAGUGUGACGAGUCAUGCUAGCAAGGUGGCGGCUGAGGCUAAUUACAACAAUUCUUCAUUUUUUACACUAAACAAUAGUGCUGCUGCGGGAUUGUAUCAUCAAUAUGAGAGCAAACCAACCGGGGUCAGCGUGGGUUCGGUCCAUCCUAAUAUCUUCAACUUUGGAUAUGAUAAUGGAGGAUUUUGA